AUGGCUGUGAAGGUUCGACCUUCCCGUUGUAGCUUAACCCGAGUGUGCGGUUUAGCCGAGGUCGGCUGCUCAGGAGCCGACAUGGGGAAGCGGACCCGCCUUAUCAGGCCAUAUAACCUCACUGGUGGCAAUAACGCAUCUUCCGGGAAGCAUGCACUGGCGCAAUGCGCACAGGUCGAGCCACUCUUCCCUACCCAUAAGACUGAGGCUCUCUCAAAGAUGGACGGCUUUCUUGACUCGGUCAAAUUCCGCAAUGAGACAAUUGGCCGCAUGGCAGGGGCUAUUCAGGUCCCUAGCCAGUCUUACGAUGACCUGGGUCCUGUCGGUGAAGAUAAGAGAUGGGAUACCAUGUACGACUUUGCAGCAUACCUGGAGAAAACAUUCCCUCUCAUUCACAGCAAGUUGGGCUUGGAACAUGUCAACACGCACGGUCUGCUGUACACGUGGCAGGGAUCCGACGAGAGCCUCAAACCGACGGUCUUGAUGGCUCAUCAGGAUGUUGUUCCUGUUGCUGAGUCCACGGUGGAACAGUGGACGUAUCCACCAUUCAGCGGGCACUACGAUGGCCGCUAUGUCUGGGGCCGAGGUGCCUCGGACUGUAAGAAUAAUCUUAUCGGCAUCAUGGAGAGUGUCGAGCUGCUCCUUGACGCGGGCUUCGAGCCAAAGAGGACUUUGAUUAUGUCGUUUGGUUUCGAUGAGGAAAGCUCCGGCCGCGAAGGUGCUGGCCAUCUGGCGCCCUUUCUCCUCGAGAGAUAUGGCAAAAACGGUGUGGCGGCUAUCGUGGAUGAGGGUGCCGGUGUUGUAGAUGCCUUUGGCUCCGUGUUCGCCACACCAGGUGUUGGAGAGAAGGGUUACAUUGACGUUGAGGUCAUCGUUCGGAUGCCGGGUGGACACUCGUCUAUCCCACCGCCGCACAACGGAAUCGGAGUCAUGUCCGAGUUUAUCACCACUGUAGAAGCCAAUCGUUACGAACCGUAUUUCUAUGACGAGAACCCCUUUCUCGGGCUGCUCGAAUGUGGAGCCGUACACGCCCCGGAAUUCCCUCCCACAUGGAAGAAAUUAUUGCAGUCUAACAAGAUCGACAAGCUAGCGACCGAGGUGGCCAAGUCCUCGGAUGCUUUCAAGUACCUCUUCACCACCUCUGUGGCUGUCGACAUCAUCGGCGGUGGUGUCAAGGUCAAUGCGCUUCCCGAACGCACCACGGCCAUCAUUAACCACCGCGUCAACGUCGGCGACCACCCAUCUACCGUGAAGGCCAAGCUAACAAAGCUCGCUUCUUCCAUUGCGGAUAAGUACAACCUGACGCUGCACGCCUUCACUGACGAGGAAGAGAUUCCGCGAUCCAUCACGCUCCGCACCGAGCAUGACCUCGACUCUGCCCCAGUGACACCGACUAAUGUCGACACCAUCACUCCGUACUCCAUUCUCUCUGGCACCACACGCGGUCUGUAUGGUGACGCAAUGAUUAUGGCGCCCGGCAUCAUGACAGGAAACACCGACACGAGGUACUACUGGGACCUGACCACCCAUAUUUUCCGAUACGUGCCUGGCUGGGACAAGGAUGAUGCGGUCGGUCUAGGUAACAUUCAUACGGUUGAUGAGAGAGUCAGCGUUGUUGGUCAUAUCAAUAAUGUAAAGUGGUACAGCGCAUUUGUGCGAAAUAUGGAUGAGGCCGAAUUGGCAUGA